AACAGGGUCACCAGGAGGGAUCAGCAAAUGCAGUUGGAAGUCCCACCCAGUUGACUACAUGAAAAUGGUGGAAGCCUGCAAUGGGGACUUGGCUGUGGUAGUUGUAACUGAAGGUCAAGGUUGGGAAAUAGAGGAAGCGGAUGUUUUGUUUGAAUCAGAUUGCGUGUCUAGUGGAGAUGAGAGGAAAAAAAUAUUGGAUUUACAAUGGCAAAUACAAAACGAUAUAAGAGAAGAAAAGUGGUAGUGGAAUCCAAGCCAAGUUAUUUUGGAGAGCACCACCCUGACAGUCACCAAUGGCAGUUGCAGUGCCCAAACUCUCCAGUGGUGCUGUUGUCAAAAUCCGCUACAACAGCAUAGAUGUGGGCACCACUCGAUGGAAGGAGGGGACCUUUGAGGUUCUUGAGAAGGAUAACAAAGUCAACCUGUGCCUGAAGUUUAGUGCCGGUGGUGCAGCCAAAAGUUUCCAGCUCAACCAUAAUGUGAAUAAUGUCGUGAUGCAGCCCAUACACACUAUGAGACGAAUUGUGGUGACUCUGAAGGAUGACAGCAUAGUCACCCUUGAGAGGGUUCCCCCUGUUGUGGCUGAGAAAAUGAAAGAAUACCUUGAAAAGCUGAAGCAUGGAAAAUCAACCGUUUUAAAGACCUCCCAGGGAAGUGCCAGCUUUGGUGUGCUCGGGAAUCGAUCCGUAAAGAAUGAGACUAGUCCGCAUGGAGAACGACAGACAACACCCAGGCGACCCAUUGUGGACAACAGGGAGGAGACGACAACCCGCAAGCCCCUGGGUAGCCCCAGCAGAGUGACCUCCACACCUGCCCGCAGUGGGCUGUCUGAGAACAGGAAUGAGAAGAGGAAGAGACUCCACAUCUUUGACUGUGACCUGACUGAGGACUACCCCAAGGAGAAUGACUCAUCCAGCAACAACAAGGCCACGUCGGACCCCUCCAGGAAAUUUCUGCUGAGCUGCAAAGACAAGCUGAAACAGGCGGAGGAGAACCGUAGCUCAGUUUCACUGGUCCAGGCACCACUUCAGCCCACGUCAUUCUACGGCAGCCGAUCGGCGACCAAAGAUUACUACGCGAGUCAAUCCUUUCUAGACAGGCCAUCCACUACAUCCCAGACCACCUCGGCUAAGAGAAGUCUCAUGUUACCCAAUCACUCAACCCCCUUAAAGAAAGUGCGCCCCACUCUGGACUACGGUGGCUGGAACAAACCGAGACCGUCCACUCUGGCCCAGCCCCAGCCUCCACUGCAAGGAUUCUCCAACCUGGGCAACACGUGUUACAUGAACGCCAUCCUCCAGUCUCUUUUCAGCCUGCCAUCAUUCUCCAAUGAUCUUCUGAAGCAGGGAAUCCCAUGGAAGAAGGUCCCAUUCAACGCCCUGCUCAGACGCUUUGCCCACUUGCUGGCCAAGAAGGACAUCUCGUGCCCCGAGGUGAAGAAAGACCUGCUGAGGAGAGUGAAGAGUGCCAUCUCCUCCACCGCCGAGCGCUUCUCCGGAUACAUGCAGAACGAUGCCCAUGAGUUUCUGAGCCAGUGCCUGGACCAGCUGAAGGAGGACGUGGAGAAAAUGAACAAGAGCUGGAAAAGCGAGUCGGCUGCGGCCGCGUGGGAUGAGCCUCCCCAGCAGGCGGCCGCAGCUCGGCCCGGGGAGGAAGCGAACACCUCGCGCAUCUACACCUGUCCUGUGGUGGUUAACAUGGAGUUUGAGGUGCAGCACACCAUCACCUGCAAAGACUGUGGCGAGGUGGUGACCAAGCGGGAGCAGUUCAACGACCUGUCCAUUGACCUGCCUCGCAGGAAGAAGACCAUCCCUCUCCGGUCCAUCCAGGAUUCUCUGGACCUCUUCUUCAGGAUCGAGGAAAUCGAGUAUUCGUGUGAGAAGUGCAGUGGGAAAGUGGCGACAGUGACUCAUAAAUUCAGCCGACUCCCCAGAGUUCUGAUUCUGCACCUGAAGCGCUACAGCUUCAACGCCCAGCUGUCACUGAACAGUAAGCUAGGCCAGCAGGUGAUGAUCCCCCGCUACCUCACGCUGCUGUCCCACUGCACGGACGCCACUCGCCCCCCACUCAGUCUGGGCUGGAGCGCAAACGCCGCCAUGUCACGAACACUGAAGGCCUCCCAGUCGGUGAACUCCUCCUCACUACUUCGGAAAUUGUCUCUGAAGGCGGGGGGCAGCUCCAGCACUAUCCUGGUGGACUCUGACAGCGAGGAGGAGCUGAGCCGGAAGGUGGUGAGCCGCAAGCGCCGCCUCAGCGACUGUCUGCCCGACGACAGAGCAGAUGAGGUCCAGCGAGGUGUCCACCACACAGACGCGUCAGACUUCAACAGCAUCAACGAUGAGGAAAUGCUGGCGGCGGUGCUGGAGAUGAGUCGCCAGGACGCUGGGCUCUCCUGCCACGCCCCUGAGGACGAGCCAACCAGCAGCCCUGACACGGGCUUCGGCGACGCAGACGCCCAGGAGAUGAACUACCGCCCAGACCUGCUGGAGACGGACACUAAGCCGUCUGCAGACGUGCUGGACUCCCUGGACCUGACCAUGGACGAGAACAAGGAGAACCAAACCCCUGAGGGGGUGCAGGGGGAUCUGGACUGGGUGCAGCAGUAUGGCCUGGAGCAGGAGAGGGAGGAGCAGGAGCUGCAGCAAGCCCUGGCCCAGAGCCUGCAGGAGCAUGAAGCCCAAGAGAUGAGGGAGGACGACGACCUGAAGAGAGCCACAGAGCUCAGCCUGCAAGAGUUCAACAAUUCGUUGCCGGAGCUGCUGUGUUCAGACGAGGACUCUGGGAACGAGGAGGUGCUGGAUAUGGAGUACAGCGAAGCAGAGACCGAGGAUCUGAAGAGAAAUGCUGAGAGUGGAGACUUGGCCAACUCGUUCCGGCUGAUCAGUGUAGUCAGUCACAUCGGGAGCAGCUCCUCCUCUGGCCAUUACAUCAGCGACGUGUACGACAUGAAGAAGCAGUCGUGGCUGACCUACAACGACCUGGAUGUGUCGCGCACGCAAGAGGCCACGGUGCAGAGAGACCGCGACCGCAGCGGAUACAUCUUUUUCUACAUGCACAAGGAUGUGUUUGAGGAGCUGUCUGAGCUAGAAAGGACAGGGGCCAGUGGAGGAGCCUCUGAGGCAGGGAGGACUGUCCUGCAGCCCCUCUGAGCCACUAGUCUGUCAUCAGUCACACACCAACCAACACACUGAGCUCUCCCCAACAGAUGGGUCGGGUUUGGGAUGAAGGAGAACCUUUCUCCAGUACUACUGAUCACCAUCUACAUUUUUCUGUCUUCAGGCACUUUGUGCUUUUUUAAAACAAAAUAACAGGCCAUGGUAGCUUCUGUCGCGAAGGCAGGCUCAGACGUCAGCACACACAGCCAACGUCCUUCUCGCCAGGUCUGUUCAGAAAUGAGAGACGGUGCUCUCAAAAGAAAGAAAAGAGACUGUUCUUUGUUUAUUAAACCCUGAGAUAUAUUAGACCUGAACUUUUUCAGGCUUCUUUAUUUAAUUUUCUAUGAUUUGUUGUUGUAAUAUAGUGUUUCUUGGCACACAUGAUAUUAACUGUCAUGCAUUUAAGAAAUUAAAUAGUAUGUGUCAGAUGCUUGAUGCUGGUGCUCCUUGGAUUGUAUGAUUUUUACUUUUUAUUUCCAAUAUAAUUUAAAUGUAUUCUAAAAUAUAGUUCAGGGUAAGGAGUGUGUACUUUUUUUGUUCUAUACAGUGCAUUUGGAAAGUAUUCAGACACCUGGACUUCUUCCACAUUUUGUUAUGUUACAGCCUUAUUCUAAAAAUUUUUUUUUUUUUUUAAAUUGUCCCUCAUCAAUCUACACACACAAUGACCAGCAAAAUCAGGAUUUUAGAAAUGUAAAAUCGGGUUCACUUCCGAGCUCCGGCUGGGCCACUCAAGGACAUUCAGAGACUUGUCCUGAAGCCACUCCUGCAUUGUCUUGGCUGUGUGCUUAGGAUCGUUUUCUGGUUGGAAGGUGAACCUUCGCCUGAGGUCCUGGGCACUCUGAAGCAGGUUUUCAUCAAGGAUCUCUCUAUACUUUGCACCGUUCAUCUUUCCCUCUAUCCUGACUAGUCUCCCAGUCCAUGCAGCUGAAAAACAUCCCCACAGCAUGAUGCUGCCACCACCAUGCUUCACUGUAGGGAUAGUUCCAGUUUUCCUCUAGAUGUGAGGCUUGGCAUUCAGGCCAAAGAGUUCAAUCUUGGUUUCAUCAGACCAAAUAAUCUUUUUCUCAUGGUCUGAGUCCUUUAGAUGCCUUUUGGCAAACUCCAAGCGGGCUGUCAUAUGCUUUUCACUGAGGAGUGGCUUCCGUCUGGUCACUCUACCAUAAAGGCCUGAUUGGUAUGCUGCAGAGAUGGUUGUCCUUCUGGAAGGUUCUCAUCUCCACAGAGGAACUCUAGAAAACUCUCUGUCAGAGUGACCAUCGAGUUCUUGAUCAUCUCUCUGACCAAGGCCCUUCUCCCCCAAUUGCUCAGUUUGGCUGGGCGGCCAGCUCUAGGAAGAAUCCUGGUGCUUCCAAACUUCUUUCAUUUAAGAAUGGAUGGAGGCCACUUUUCUUGGGGACCUUCAAUGCUGCAGAACUGUUUUGGUACACUUCCCCAGAUCUGUGCCUCGACACAAUCCUUCAACCUCAUGGCUUGGUUUUUGCUCUGACAUGCACUGUCAACUGUGGGACCUUGUAUGGACGUGUGUGCCUUUCCAAAUCAUGUCCAAUCAAUUGAAUUUACCAUAGGUGGACUCCAACUGGUAUCAACAUAAAGGAUGAUCAGUGAUAACAGGAUGUACAUGAGCUCAAUUUUGGGUCUCGUAGCAAAGGGUCUGAAUACUUAUGUAAAAUGGGAUAGUUCAUUUUCACACCACAAAUCUAAACCCGCUUUUGCUUUCUCAUUAUGGGGUAUUGUGUAGAUUGAGGAUUUGUAUUUAUUUCAUCCAUUUUAGAAUAAAGCUGUAACAAAAUGUGGGGAAGGGGUCUGAAUACUUUCCGAAUGCACUGUAUGCCGCAAAACGUGGCGCAAUAUUUAUUUUGUGGGAUGGAUUUGCCAAUUCUGCUUGUAUUUGUUUCAAGUUUGUUCAUUUGAGUUGGGUGAUAAAGGAAGUUUGCAAUUUCUUUCACUGAUUUACUUAUGGACUGUUUGUUGCUGUUUUAUUAAUGUUUUAUAAAUCUUAAGCUAAACA